AUGAAGACAACUUCCCUCUCAAACAUAAAUGUUUCAAUGAAUGACACCGACGGUGACCACCUGACAGCAGUGACUGCAUUUUCUCAGCCUGGCUGGCAAAUAGCUCUUUGGGCUAUCACCUAUUUAUCCAUAGUCAUUGCAUCAAUUGUGGGCAAUGGCACUGUCAUUUGGAUUAUUCUGUCUCACCAGCGGAUGAGAACGGUUACCAACUAUUUCAUAGUUAACUUGGCUCUUUCUGACCUGCUCAUGGCUACUUUGAACACAGUUUUCAAUUUUAUUUAUGCCAGCCACAAUGUCUGGUAUUUUGGUGAGGGAUUCUGCCGGUUUCAUAACUUCGUUCCUAUCACAGCAAUGUUUGUGAGCAUUUAUUCUAUGACUGCUGUUGCUGCUGAGAGGUAUAUGGCUAUCAUUUACCCUUUCAAGCGAAAACUUUCUGCUUGGAACACCAAAGUGAUCAUAGGAAUAAUAUGGCUGGUGGCUUUUGGUCUUGCCUUUCCACAGUUUUUUUAUGCACAAAUAGUUAUUGAUCAUGGAACGACCAAGUGUGUUGUUGCCUGGCCGGAUGAUGUUGACCAGAAACAUCUACUCACAUAUCACAUUACAGUUAUUGUAUUGGUUUACCUGCUGCCUCUCAUGGUGAUGUUUGUCACGUACAGUACGAUAGGAAUGGCUCUAUGGAAUAAUACUGUUCCUGGAGAUCACACCAACAAGGUCUACUACCAGCAUCAGACCAUGGCUAAAAAAAAGUUUGUCAGGACAAUGGUGGCCGUUGUGAUAACAUUUGCUGUCUGUUGGUUUCCUUAUCACCUCUUCUUCCUCUUGGGAAGCAUGCAGAAAGACAUCUACAAGCAGAAGUACAUUCAACAAGUAUAUUUGGCAGUAUUUUUGCUUGCCAUGAGCUCAGCAAUGUAUAGCCCAAUUAUUUACUGUUGUCUUAAUCAAAGGUUCCGCUCUGGUUUCAGGAUAGCUUUUCAGUGUUGCCCAUGCAUCAAAGCGACAGAGAGAGACAGACAUAAUCUUACUCGCCCAUCACCUUUACAGAAGAUCCAGAGAGAUCAAGUAUCUAACUUUCCUACAAGUACAACAGGAACACACAUAACUAAUAUUGACAAAAUAUCAAUCACUAAUAUGUAUCUGGAACUUUGAUUUUUGAAGUUACUUCUAAUAAUGUUAUAACAGCAUUACUUAAUAAAGUUACCUUUGUGUUUUAUCUAAA